AUGGCAAGCGGCAGCAGUACCCGAGCUGCAGCCUUCACCAACCUGAACACGGUGAGGGAGACCAUGGAAGUUCUGCUUGAGAUUUCAAGGAUUUUGAAUACCAGUUUAGAUAUGGCAAUGCUGUGUAUUUGUGUACAGCUUUGUGAACAAGGAAUCCACCAAGAAGCCUUAUCAUCUGUCAUUCAGGAGCUCCGCAAGGGUACUGAAGCACUGAAGGCUGCUGAAAAUACAAGCUGA